AUGAAGGCAUCUGGCGUGGAUUCAUGGGUUCAGAAUGCGCAAGACCGGCAACACUGGAGGAUGUUCCUUGCUGAGCCACCACCGCACGCAGAUGAUCCGCCACCUUUGCGCUGUUUGUUUUGUGCCAGAGACUUCCGCCACCGUAACGACAUGGCCCGACACAAGGUAGCUGUACAUAAUAGUAGUAGUAGUAGUAGUAGUAGUAGUAGUAGUAGUAGUAGUAGUAGUAGUAGUAGUAGUAGUAGUAGUAGUAGUAGUAGUAGUAGUAGUAGUAGUAGUAGUAGUAGUAGUAGUAGUAGUAGUAGUAGUAGUAGUAGUAGUAGUAGUAGUAGUAGUAGUAGUAGUAGUAGUAGUAGUAGUAGUAGUAGUAGUAGUAGUAGUAGUAGUAGUAGUAGUAGUAGUAGUAGUAGUAGUAGUAGUAGUAGUAGUAGUAGUAGUAGUAGUAGUAGUAGUAGUAGUAGUAGUAGUAGUAGUAGUAGUAGUAGUCAUACCGCCAUUGUGUCAAGUAGUAGUAGUAGUAGUAGUAGUAGUAGUAGUAGUAGUAGUAGUAGUAGUAGUAGUAGUAGUAGUAGUAGUAGUAGUAGUAGUAGUAGUAGUAGUAGUAGUAGUAGUAGUAGUAGUAGUAGUAGUAGUAGUAGUAGUAGUAGUAGUAGUAGUAGUAGUAGUAGUAGUAGUAGUAGUAGUAGUAGUAGUAGUAGUAGUAGUAGUAGUAGUAGUAGUAGUAGUAGUAGUAGUAGUAGUAGUAGUAGUAGUAGUAGUAGUAGUAGUAGUAGUAGUAGUAGUAGUAGUAGUAGUAGUAGUAGUAGUAGUAGUAGUAGUAGUAGUAGUAGUAGUAGUAGUAGUAGUAGUAGUAGUAGUAGUAGUAGUAGUAGUAGUAGUAGUAGUAGUAGUAGUAGUAGUAGUAGUAGUAGUAGUAGUAGUAGUAGUAGUAGUAGUAGUAGUAGUAGUAGUAGUAGUAGUAGUAGUAGUAGUAGUAGUAGUAGUAGUAGUAGUAGUAGUAGUAGUAGUAGUAGUAGUAGUAGUAGUAGUAGUAGUAGUAGUAGUAGUAGUAGUAGUAGUAGUAGUAGUAGUAGUAGUAGUAGUAGUAGUAGUAGUAGUAGUAGUAGUAGUAGUAGUAGUAGUAGUAGUAGUAGUAGUAGUAGUAGUAGUAGUAGUAGUAGUAGUAGUAGUAGUAGUAGUAGUAGUAGUAGUAGUAGUAGU